AUGUCGCAUUACGAGUCCCGAUCCAACAAGAAUGUAGGCGAGAGGAGAAAGCUCCUAAACCAGCAUCGUCGUGUUUGGAGAGUUUCUUAUCCUGGGAGAUCAUACCAUGGACCACCUGCACAGCAGUGUUCUAACUGCCACGCCAUUUUCUGGAAUGCUGAAAGUGUUGGCAAAGAAGCACGCACCUCUUCUGGAUCACUUAUUUACAACAAGUGCUGUAAAGGAGGCAGAGUUGUUAUUCCUCCCUUCCUACCUAGGCCUGAACCCUUAGCGUCUUUGGCAAGAUUUGAUGGAGAAUCGGUCUCUACCAAGUUUAUGAAGAAUAUAAGACGCUACAAUUGUCUUCUUGCAUUCACCUCUAUGGGAGCCAAUAUAGAUCGAACCAUGAAUGAUGCGAGGGGUCCUCCGGUUUUUAAAAUUUGUGGACUGAUUCAUCACCGCAUCGGCUCUUUGAUACCUCCACAUGGUCGCCCUCCAAAAUUUAUUCAGCUCUAUGUGUAUGAUACAUCAGCCAAGGUUGAGAACAGAAUUGCCUCAUUAGACCAUGAAGACACAACAGCAUCAGAUCUAGAUCCUACUCUUGUACAGUCUUUAGUUACUAUCUGCCGAGAAUAUGGUCCCCCUGAUUUCUUCGUUACAUUUACAUGUAAUCCUAAAUGGUUAGAGAUUUUUGAGGCUAUCUUUGAGCCUGGACAGAGGCCAAGUGAUAGGAAUGAUAUAGUUGUCAGAGUGUUCAACAUCAAGUUAGAAGAACUUCUGCAUGAUAUUAGAUGUGGUACACCCUUUGGCCCUUGCAGCAGAGACGAGAACAAUAUCUUUGUUUGCAAAGGAGGCCUCCAAAUGGAUAAUAGAUGGGUUGUUCCAUAUAACAUGUUCCUCCUUAAAAAAUAUCAGGCACACAUCAAUGUUGAGUGGUGCAAUAAAACUACAUUCAUCAAGUACCUCUUCAAGUAUGUAACCAAAGGAGCAGAUUGUAGCAAGGCUUAUCUACAGAGAGUCAAGAGAGGCCAGCAAGCGCCGUAUGAUGAUGGAACAAAGACUAUAAAUGAGGUAAAAGAAUAUAUUGAUUGUAGAUAUAUCUAUGAGCAAGAUGCAUGUUGGAGAAUGUUUGGAUAUGAUAUUCAUAGACACUAUCCAGCAGUAGAAAGAAUGCAUGUCCAUCUUCCAAACGAGAAUUUCAUAACUUUUAGUGCUAGAGCAAAGAUGGAUAGCUUAUUUGUAACAAUGAUACUGUUCUGCGAAGUUGGUGAUGAAAACACUUUCUUUGAGAAAAUUUGGCGCCAUCUAGCCGACAAUAUCAUCUACCAGUACAGAGAUAUGAUUGGUGAUCCUAAUUAUGUGUUGCCUGAUUCAGUAGCUAGGGAUUACCUUCUAGAUGAACUUUCCACUCUUUUUUCUCAGAGUGGUAGGAACAUAGCUGAUUUCAGCUUACCUCCAAAGACACAUCUUUGA